AACUUGUUUUGUUUUCAUGGGAUUCAAGAGCUGGGCAGGCCAACUGACUCACGGCGAAACUAUCAGGAAGCAUGGGCAAGGUUAACAGUAGGAUUUAGUUUAGUUUGACAAGAAGCAAGGGCUUUCGAUGAUGCUCCUUGCUUGAGAAAGAUCUGGUGCGAAAUUUCACUGUAUUGUAUGACAUUUGAUCAUUCAUCGCAUUGUAGUGAGGUUAGACAAAAAUUUGGCUGCUGUUAUUCGCAGUCAGUUUAGUUACACCUACUUGACUGAGAAAUCUUUCGAUCGUUACUCAAGAUGCCACAACGAAAUUCGGAAGUCAGCCUCUGCGUCAAAUAUUUGCUGUUCUUCUUCAAUGUUUUUUUCUGGAUCAUUGGAGGUGGGAUCCUGGGCAUUGGGCUGUGGGCACGCUAUGAAAAUACCAAAGCUGGUGCUAGUGUUAACAAAAUUACAGAUUGGGAUUUGGAUCCAGCCUGGCUGCUUAUUGCCAUUGGGUUCCUCAUGUUCAACCUUGGAUUCUGUGGUUGUAUUGGUGCUUUGAGAGAGAACAUAGCCCUGUUGAAGUUUUUCUCAAUAUCUUUAUCAAUUAUAUUCUUCCUCCAACUUGCUGGUGGUGUUAUUGGCUUUGUCUUCAGAAACAAGAUCAAAAGCAUGGUUACAAAGAAACUUGAAAAGACAAUAAUUAGCUACAGAGACAAUCCAGAUUUACAGAAUCUGAUUGAUUACACUCAGGAAACAUUUAAAUGCUGUGGUUUAAACUCAUAUGAUGACUGGGAUAUGAACAUCUACUUCAACUGUUCUUCUCCCGGAAGUGAGGGCUGCGGUGUCCCAUACUCCUGCUGCAUAACCGACAAACUGAACACCAUGUGUGGUUAUGGAGUGCGCAAGAAAACAAUGUCGGGGACAGACAGGCGAAGAAAAAUCUACACAAGUGGUUGCAUCGAUGGCGUUACGUCAUGGUUUAAAAAACAUUUGAUUGUUCUUGGAGCUGUUGAAUUUGGUGUGGCGCUUCUUCAGGUAUUAGGGAUUGGUUUUUCGACUAAAUUGAUAUCGGACAUUCGAAAGCAGAUGGCGAAAUGGGAAAGACCCAGACCGUUGCUGCGCCCGCACCACGAAACUGGUUAUAUGUGAGGUAAGCAGGACCGCAAGGAUCGGUGAUGGUGACCAUUCUUAUGAAGUUUGAUUGAGUGAUGAGCGUUUUAUCCAAAAGAAGAUCACCAAUGGAUGACGUCAAAUGUCAUGUUUUGAAUCAGCCUCCGGUCUAGGAGCAUGGGGAUCAACUUUGAGAACAAUGUAUUAUAAUAUUUUUGGUUUGGCGUCUACUGUAAUAUACAACCUAAAUUCAAUUGUUUUGGAGGUUUAAGGAGGACACUAUCCCGAACCUUUAAUGCCUUUGAAAUACUUUUGUGCAACUUGUAUGUUGUUGAAAACAACAGAAACAUUCCAAUAAUGUACUUGCACUGACAUUUUUAGUUUGUUGUUCGUUUUAAACUUCGAUCUUUAAUACUGUUACGCAAGGAAAUCUGUAAUAAGGGACAAUUCUUGAUAAGGGAAAGCUCUAAAUAAGAAUCAAAUAACAUUAUUUCUUGCGUUAAAAGCCUUGUAGAAGAAACCCAAAGACGUUUCUCCACUCCGGACAGUAAAUGUAGCCAAUCGUUGCACAAAGUACUUAGAACACCUAGUAAUUUGUGUUGAAUUUUUAUAUUUUUCAAUUCUUUUUUCGGAUAUUCCUAUUUUCACACCCCUUCCCCCCAAUACAAUGUUGAUAAUGUAGAAAAAUAUCAUAGAAGUCGCGUCGAUAACGUACUUCCCAAUCCCCUACCCCGUUUUAUAGUAAACCAACAUUGUUCACAGGGGGGAAAGGGGAUGGCUGAAUUUGCCCUUGAAAACAGAUGUUAGUGUACCAAGACUUUUGGCAAGAAUUGUAGCCGCAAAGAAGCCCUAUGUUAUAAUUUUUAGGACGUUUGGUAUUGUUUUUCACUUAUGAAUUUGAGUGUGAAUUGCAUAUUUAAUUGCUAGAAAAUUUGGUUUAGGUUGAAAUGAUGUGCUUCUUUUGUCAAUAAGUGAAACUGGAUUUCUUUAACAUGGCUACUUGAUGAGUUUGAAAAAACCUUGUGUUAGUUAAACUAAGAAGAAUCUCAUCAACUAAUAGCACAAAAUAUUUAAAGAGGUUUUGAGAAAGCUGUAGUUUUCUAUCCCGUAGUCAGUGCGGCAACUAUACCAAUUGUAGGCUCCUUUGAAGUCCGUAGUCCCUAUAUCUCUAAACAAUGACUCCGACAAUAAGUAAAUAAGUAUACCUUGCGAAAUCUUUCUGUUCUUUCAACGACUUCGACAAACCAUGCCCUUGAAAGCAACAUCUGUACUGCCCGAAUCUUCACUUGUUGAUGUUAUUCAUCUUUAUUUAUUCUUUCUAUUUUCGUAUUUAUAGUCAUUUAGUUUUUUGAAGAAAGUUAUAUGAAACGGUGUUUGUUUAAA